AUGAAUAAUGAAGGGGACCUUCUGCAGGAGGAUUCAAAAGAUGAAGAUAAUGAGACAGAAGGCAGUAGGAUGAGAAAAUUAAGAAGGACAAGAAAGAAAGUCACUAAAUCUCAUAUUUCUUCAACUGAAAUAGAAGAGAUGUAUAUGACCAACUCAAAAGAUGACACUGGGGACAGCACACAAAUUCCAAAGGUACCUCAGGUCUCCUCUAGAAUGAAGCACAUUAAACAAGAGAUGGCCAAAAAUCACCUUCAGUUUGUGCGAUUUGAAGCAACAGAUCUUCAUGGGGUGUCCAGGUCUAAGAGUAUCCCUGCACACUUCUUCCAGGAAAAAGUGGCCCACGGCGUUCUCAUGCCCCGAGGUUACCUGGAAUCCAUACCCAAUCCCAAGGGCGGCAGCGACGUGGAUCAUCACCUCAGGGCCACGUGCUUCCACAGUGACAUCGUCCUGCGGCCUGAGCUGUCCACCUUCCGGGCGCUGCCGUGGGCGGCGCGGACGGCGCGGGUGAUCUGCGAUCCGGUCACGGUGGCGGGGGAGCCGGUGCGGACGUCCCCGCGGCACCUGGCCCGGCGGCAGCUGCGCCGGCUGCGGGGCGCGGGCUUCUCGCUGCUCUCCGCUUUCCUCUACGACUUCUGCCUGUUCGGGGUGCCCGAGGCCAUGCACCCCAAGACCGUCUCCUUCCCGGCUCCCCUCCUGCUCGGCGAUCACCACCAGCCCUUCCUCCAGGAGCUAGUGGACGGCCUGGAUGGCGCGGGGGCCACGGUGGAGAGCUUCUCCUCCUCCACCAGGCCGGGCCAGGUGGAGCUCUGUCUGCGGCCCGCCUUUGGCAUCGGCGCCGCGGACAACGCGUUUACCCUCCGAGCGGGCGUCCAGGAGGUGGCCCGCAAGCACAACUACAUCACCAGCUUCUUCGUCGAGACUGGGCUCUGCAACUCGGGGAUCUUGUCUCACAGCCUGUGGGAUGUGGGAGGGAAGAACAAUCUGUUCUGCAACGACACCGACACCGGCACCAGCAUCGGCACCUGCACCAGCACCUGCCCCGAGCCCACCCAGCUGCUUACCACCACCGGCAGGCGCUGGGUGGCCGGGCUCCUGCAGCACUCGGCCGCGCUCAGCUGCCUGCUGGCUCCCGCCGGCAGCUGCCGCAAACGCUACUCCAAGGAGCGCCUGGACCCCAAGGACAGGGUGCCCGCCACGUGGGGCUACAACGACAGCAGCUGCGCCUUCAAUGUCAAGUGUCACGGGGAGAGGGGCGCCCGGGUGGAGAACAACCUGGGCUCCGCCACGGCCAACCCUUACCUGGUGCUGGCCGCCACGGUGGCCGCGGGCCUGGACGGGCUUCAGGGCAGCGGUGAUGCCCUGCCCGGCCCCGAGGGGGACAGCCCCGGGCUUGGUCCGGCCCCGUCGCCUCCCGGGAUCCCUUUGAAGCUGGAAGAUGCGCUGGCCGCGCUGGAGGAAGAUGCGUGUCUGCGACAGGCCCUCGGAGACACGUUCAUUGGGUAUUUUGUGGCCAUGAAGAAACAUGAGCUGGAAAACGAAGAAACGGAUGCCGAGAGAAACACGUUCUUGGAGUAUUUUAUUUAG